CUUUUGAACUAAAUGGUUUGGUAAAGUUGUUACACUGUUGUUCCGAUUUCUGUGUACUUGCAUCUCUCCUCUAGACGGAGCUGCAUGAUUGAAGAUCAAGGCGCAAGGAAGGAGCGUCAAAGAAGUGGAGGAACUUAAACUACUUUUACUGCAUGUUUUUUAGUGCAACUAUAUUUUCUUCUAAGUUCCUUGCAUUGUAAAAGAGCGUCUCAACAUGAGCACCGUUUCACCAGCUUCUCUCGAAGAAAUAUGCCUGAGCUUUAUCAGUGCUAAUAUUGAAGAUUUAUGCCACAAGGAUGUUCAAGGUGUCCAGUACGGCGAGGUUUCUUGUCAAAAACUUAGUUUCAUUUCUCCGUUAUUUCUCCACAAACACCUGGCAGACAAUAUUAUGAGAUGUCUCUGCCGUGAUGGAAACCUGACAGAUAGGACUGCAUCUUUAUUUGUUGAUUCGCGCAGAUGUAGAAUCAGAAGUUUCAAUCUCAGGAAAUGUCAGUUGAGUUUUUCAGUGCUGAAACUACUCCUUGGAAAACACAAAGUUGAGAAACUAGACUUAUCUGGAACAAAAACGUUCUCCUCGUCUUUAUUUUUUCAACUGCUGAAUGAAAUGUCAUUGACAGUAAGGGAGUUAAAUUUGAGUUGCACAUCAUUUGUCUUGGACUUUGCUGACAUGAAGCCACUGAACUGUUUGACUCAUUUGGAUGUGAGCCAUUGUACUGCUAUAGAUGACCAGUUGAUGUCGGUUGCUGCUCAGAAUAUGGAUUGUUUACAACACAUUAAUAUCUCUAACACUGCGAUAAGACAUGUCUCUUCAUUUGGGAAUCUAAGAGGUCGACUGAAAACAUUAGUCGCUUUUAACACACCAGUAGCAUGGACAAAACCUGCUGAGUUUAAGGACUUUACAUCAUUACAGAAGCUUGAUAUUUCAAGAAGUUCUGAUAAUGAUUUUCUCCACGAUGGGACAAAUGAGUCUGUGAAAUUUGAUGAAAUGCUUACAGACCAAUGUAUGAUGCCAAACCUGAUCUCUCUGGAUGUUUCAGGUGUUUCCACAAUAACAGCAGGUGCUUUGCAGUCAUUUCUUAGUUCUCAUCCUAACCUUGAGUUCCUUGGCCUUUUCUUGAUGUCACGGAAUUUACAAGAACAACUGGAAAGGAGUUCUCCUCAUGUUAAGGUAGAAGUGUCAUAAUAAUAUAAUAACUUAAUGAUAUGUAACAGAGAAAAAUGUCAUUGUUUUGAACCAGAAUGGUGAAAACCUCAAAGUUUGUUGGAGAUAUUUUCCAAUUUUAAUAAUAUACCUUCCAAGUUCCAUAUUGUUGAGGGACUUGAUGUGAAGUCUAUACUCAAAUGUAGUGGCCCAUCUUGCUGCACCUCAUCCUGGUUUACUGAAAAGAAAAUUAGAGUUUUACUAUACUACCUCCUUGGAUAGGAUCCCAGUCUAUCACAAGAUUACCCCCAACAAUCAUCAGGUUCUUUCCAAAGUGCAGUAUCAGAGUUGGUCACAUUACACCUAUGUGCAAUACAAAUUGAUAUUGCUGCUAACAUAAGGGAUAUGUGACUUGGCUGCAUAAUACUUAGUGUAAUUUUCUGAAAUCUUUUCAUCUAUCAACUGCUCUUUUAAAGCUACUCCUUAUACUAUUUACAUCAUAAAAGUCAAUAAUCGAAUUAAAUGUGGCUUAUCUUUCAUCAGAUUACAGGUGAAGCUACUGAGAAACAGAUCCUUUGUUCAUUGGAAAUGUACCCAGACAGAGCUGAUUACAUGAGAAAAGCUUUGCGGGAACUGUAUCCCAUCAGUAUGGAUUGGACAGCAAGAAAACCACAAGUUCUUGAGGUACACAAUGAAAUGGCUCAUCUAGUUAACUUAAGGUUUAUUAGAGUGAUCAUCGUAUACAGAAAAAAAAUUUUUCAACCUAGAUUCAUUUUGGGCUACGGUUUCUGAUUUAUGAUUGCAGCAAUGUAGAAAUUUAACCUCACUGACUUAACAACCACAAGCAGGUUUUUCAUUAUAUUUAGAAAUUGCAAAAUCUGCUACCUGCAGAGCAGAACUCUCCAACUACAGUUCAAAGGCCCAAGGAAUUUUGUUUUCAUUUCCUACUACUGUAUUUCUCAUGAAAACUCUGCAGAAGUGAAAAUAAUUCAUUUGAGAAUGUUGUUUCUUAAUAUUUUUCUUUUUCAAAGGGGAAACUCCUAGCUAUAUAAUGCUUUGAACAUCUUAGGAUUUAGAAUUAGUUUAAUUCUUUUUAAUUCCAUUUGCACAGCUUGUUCUUACUCCAAUGGAAAAACAUCCAGAUGAUUUCCGCAUUCAAAUGAAUGCUACGUAAGUUAAUAUUCACAAAGAUUCUUGAAAAGUUAUGAUAAUUAUUCAAAAUGAAACAAUUUUGUUUACUGAAAUUAAAAAAAUGUUCUAAAAGUCUUGAUUAUUUUCAAAUCAAAGGUUUGGUCAUAGAGUGAAUGAUCUUUUGAAUUCAGAGCUUGUAUAGGUAGCAUUAUCAAAGAAAGAGGAGGAGAAGCAGACCCAGAAGUGCAUCCUUGUUUCUUAAGGUAAUAAAACUUAUAACUGGAUACAUGAUUAAAUAUGGUGAACACACUUCCCAAACCGUAUUAGAGGGCUGGUGUUGUUGUGUAACAGAAGAUAGCAGUAAUAUUCUGUGCAACCAGGUGGUUGCCAUGGCAAUCAAGCCACAGCCCUCCUUGAAGCACCUUUCAACACAACACAAAAAAAAAGUAUGUGAAAUGGUUACAUACUCAAAAUGUGGAAGUUAAGGUGGGGUGGGGAGUGCAAACCCUUCAUGUCCCCCUCCACACCCUCCUCCCUCCCACAUGUUUGUUAAACCACUGCCUUAUUAAUCUAAGGUGGAGAGGUGGUAAUUUUCACUUUCAAUUUAUUACUUGAUCUUUUAACAGUGAAUAAUUACAGUCAGAAUCCUUUAAAGUUAACAUGCACUCUGUGCAAGUUAUGCCUCUAACUUGCUUACUCUGCAUGGUGACAGAAUGAUUGAAUGUGAUUAUCUUUAGUUAUCUGUUUGAUUUUUCAGUAAAGUUGCAUCUUUGGUUCUAUCAACAAUGAGAACUUUUCCAGAGGAGCGUCGGGUAAGAAUUUGCUUUAUUUAUGAUAAAUGAAUCUAGACAAACAGUAAUCUACCAUCAAAGACUCUUUAUUAUGUUUUGAUUCUGCUUGAUCUUAUGACAAAAAGACAGAACAAUGAAACAUCAGAAAAUAACCAGAGCAGAAUUAAUGUAUUCAUCGACUGAGCACAAGGAACAGACAGGAAAUUCUUGCAUAGCCUCAUGCCAAUAUUUUCCAGGUCUGCCUAAUCUGAUUCAAUCACUCAGUGUUUGUCAUGAGCACUGCCCCUUUUUCUUUCUUUCCAUAGCUUUUGCGGAUUUGUUUGUCAAUUUUGUGGUUAAAACAAGUUGUCACAAAAGCAGUAAGUAGAAAUGAUUCAAAUAUUGUAAAUUAUCUCCAGUGCAUCGAAGGAAUAGUGGCUCUAGAAUAUGGGCUGAAAAUUUAGUGCAGUAACUGUCAAGAGAUGUAUGUCACCAAUUAGAGUUGGAAACAAAUAACUUGAUUUUUACUUUGCAGACAUUCAACUAUUUUGAAGCAUCAUGCUUGGCUAUGGAUACUCUGUGCAAUUUUCAUGGUAACCAAGAUAUUUCUCGGCUGGCUUUAGCGCUAUGUGCCAGACUGUGUUGUAAGGUAUCAUAGUAUAGUAGACAAAUACUAAAAAAAUUGCACUUUUGAUUCUUUGCUCAAUUUGACACUCAAAUAUUGGAAAAGCAGGAGAAGCACUCAUUAUUCAAAAAGUCUGAAGUUAAUUAUUAAUUCAAGGGGAUAUGUUAAUAAAAGUUUGAAUCAAUGCCAGAAUCUGAGCAAUUACACAUUCAACUACCCCUCCUCUAACCCAACAUUAACUUGACUUUUUAUCAGUUGGCUGUUGGUGAUUAGGGGUAGGUGUGUAAUUGCUCAGAUACUGAGAUUGACCCAAAAUUUAAUUAGCAUUUCCCCUUGAAUUAAAACCUGCUGACAUUUUGAAUAAUAAUUGCUUCUCCUGCUUGAAUAUGCACUUCCUCCUCUCCCCCCCUCUCUCUCUCUCUCUCUCUCUCUCUCUCUCUCUCUCUCUCUCUCUCUCUUAUUGUUAAGUUACCUUGUUCACCAAAUUAGUAACUCUUUCAUUCUCAGAAGUGAUCAUCAUAUAACUUCUUCCUAUAAUAUCCUUACAUUAUCCAGCAAACAGAUAACAAGAGUAUUCAAACUUAUCUGGUAGAAGCUCUUUAUAUUGAUCUAACACCAAAUUAAUUCCUGCAUCUAAUUUACAAGGAGAUGUGUAGCAGCCAAAGAGGGGAAUUAACAAUCAGAUCUUUGAGUCUGCAAAGACAUGCAUGUCUAGACAAUUAUUUUAAUUACUAAAACUAUUAACUUGUCUGAAUGGUUCCCUGCUGUAAUUUGAAGUAAGUAUCUGGGUUACUAAUAAAAAGCUUUUCUAAUUCCACACCUGUGCAGCUGACCAAGCAAGAGAAACUUGCUCUUGGCUCAGAGAAAAACAUUAUGGUAAGAGAUGUAACAUGUUAAUCAGUAAAAAUCAAUUCUAAAUUCAUUUAAUUUGCAGUUGUUAUUAAUCAAAGCAGCAUUUUUUGGCAUGAUAAUUAGGUAUUUAAAUAUCUCAAGUUGUGGUUGAUUAAAUUACAGUUCAAAGGCAAAAGGAAUUUUGUUUUCAUUCCUACUAAUACAUUUGUUAUGAAAACCCUGCAGAAGUGAAAAAAUUCAUUCGUAUUUUUCCUUGUCAAAGAGAAAACUCUUACCUAUAUUAUGUUUUGAAAGCCUUUGGGUUUUAAAUUAAUCAAAUUCUUUUUAAUUCCAUUUGCGCAGCUUCUUCUCACUCAAAUGGAAAAAUAUCUGCAUGAUUUCACCAUUCAAAUGACAGCUAUGUAAGUUAUAAUAUCCAUGAAGAUUGAUAAUAUUCAUUAAGAUGUAUAGUUAGGAUAAACAUUCAAAAUAAAACAAUUUUGUUUUUUAAAAGAACAAAUUUUCUAAAAAUUUUGAUUAUUAUUUUUAAAACAAUGUUUUGACUCUGGUAUAUAAACAUUACAAUUUAUUAACAUUUUUUGGAUGUUCUUUUGAAUUCAGAGCUUGUGUAUAUAACAUUCUCAUAGCAAGAGCAGGGGAAGCAGUCCCAGAACUGCAUCCUCAUUUGUUAAGGUAAAAUUAUUACUGAAUACAUGAUUAAAUAUGUUUAAAACACUUCCAAAGUGGUAUUAGAGGGCUGGUGUUGUCUGCAAGCAACAAAACAUAGCAGUAGUCAUCUUGGCCACCAGGUUGUCAGCCUGGCAAUCAAGCCACAGUCCACCUUUACACACUUAUCAACACAACAUAAAAAAAUACCAGUGUGUUAAAUGGUUACUUACUCAAAAGUUGGCAGUUAGGAGUGGGGGGGGGGUGGGGGGGGGGGGGAAGUGCAAACCUUCCAUGCCCCCCUGCCACAUCUCAUUGGUUAAACCACUGCCUUGACAGCCUGAGGUAAAAAAGUGGUUAAUUUCCACUUUUAUUAUUUGAUUAGUUAAAAGUUAACAAUUAGUCAGAAUCUUUUAAAGUUAACAUGUUCUUUGUGCAAGUUGUGCCCCUUAACUUGCUUACUCUGACAACAGAAUGAUUCAAUGUGAUUAUUUUUAGUUAUCUUUUGUUGGAUUUUUCAGUAAAGUUGCAUCUUUGUUUCUAUCAGCAAUGAGAACCUUUCCAGAAGAGCAUCAGGUAAGAAUUCAUUUUAUUUAUUAUAAAUGAAUCAAGACAAAUAGUUAUGUAAUCUAUCAUCAAAGACUCUCUAUUAUGUUUUGAUUCUGAUUGAUAUUAUGACAAAGUAUCAGAAGAAAAAUGAAACAUCAGAAAAUAAUCAGAGCAGAAUUAAUGUAUUCAUCAACUAAGCACAAAGAACAGACAGGAAAUUCUUACAUAGCCUCAUGCCAAUAUUUUCCAGGUCUGCCCAAUCUAACUCAAUCACUCAGUGUUUGUCAUGAGCACUGCCCCUUUUUUCUUUCUUUCCAUAGCUUUUGUGGAAUUGUAUGUCAAUUUUGGGGUCAAAACAAGUUGUCACAAAAGCAGUAAGUAGAAAUGAUUCAAAUAUUGUAAAUUAUCUCCAGUGCAUCGAAGGAAUAGUGGCUCUAGAAUAUGGGCUGAAAAUUUAGGGCAGUAACUGUCAAGAGAUGUAUGUCACCAAAUAGAGUUGGAAACAAAUAACUUGAUUUUUACUUUGCAGACAUUCAACUACUUUGAAGCAUCAUGCUUGGCUAUGGAUACUCUGAGCAAUUUUCAUGGUAACCGAGAUAUUUCUUGGCUGGCUAUAGAGCUAUGUGCCAGACUGUGUUGCAAGGUAUCAUGGUAUAGUAGACAAAUACUAAUUUAAAAAAUUACACUUUUAGAUAGAUCUAAAAAUAAAUCUUUGCUCAACUUGACACUCAAAUAUUGGAAAAGCAGGAGAAGCACUAUUAUGAAAUUAUUCAAAAUGUUGGCUGUUGGUGGUUAGGGGAGGGGUAGGUGUGUAAUUGCUCAGAUACUGAGAUUGACCCAAACUUUCAUUACCAUUUCCCUUGAAUUGGCACCUGCAGACAUUUUGAAUAAUAAUUGCUUCUCCUGCUUGAAUAUGCACUUCCCCUUCCCCCCCCUCACUCACUCUCUCUCUCUCUCUCUCUCUCUCUCUCUCUCUCUCUUUAUUGUUAAGUUACCUUGUUCACCAAAUUAGUAAACUCUUUCAUUCUCAGAAGUGAUUCUCAUAUAACUUCUUCCUAUAAUAUUCAUACAUUAUCCAGCAAACAGAUAACAAGAGUAUUCAAACUUAUCUGGUAGAAGCUCUUUAUAUUGAUCUAACACCAAAUUCCUGCAUCUAAUUUUCAAGGAAAUGUGUAGGAGCCAAAGGGGAGAAUUAACAAUCAGAUCUUUGAGUCUGCAAAGACAUGCAUGUCUAGACAAUUAUUUUUAUUAAUGACUAAAGCUAUUAACUUGAGUGGUUCCCUGCUGUAAUUUGAAGUAUCUAGGGUUACUAAUUAAAGGCUUUUCUGAUUCCACACCUGUGCAGCUGACUCAGCAAGAAAAAUGUGCUCUUGGCUCAGAGAAAAACAUUAUGGUAAGAGACGUAACAUAUUAAUCAAUAAUAAUAAAUUCUAAAUUCAUUUAAUUAGCAAUUCUUAUUAAUCAAAGUAGCAUUUUUUGGCAUGAUAAUUAGGUAUUUAAAUAUCUCAAGUUGUGGUUGAUUAAAUUACAGUUCAAAGGCCAAAUGAAUUUUGUUUUCAUUCCUACUAAUAUAUUUCUUAUGAAAACCCUGCAGAAGUGAAAAAAAUUCAUUUGAGAAUGUUGUUUCUUAAUCAUAUUUUUCCUUGUCAAAGGGAAAACUCUUGUCUAUAUGAUGUUUUGAAAGCCUUAGGGUUUUAAACUAAUCAAAUUCUUUUUAAUUCCAUUUGCACAGCUUCUUCUCACUCAAAUGGAAAAACAUCCGAAUGAUCUCACCAUUCAAAUAGCAGCUAUGUAAGUUAUAAUAUUCACAAAGAUUGAUAAUAUUUAUUAAUAUUCAUUGUUUUUUAAAAAACAAAUUUUCCAAAAAUUUUUAUUAUUAUUUUUAAAACAAAGUUUUGACCCUUGUAUAUAAACAUUACAAUUUAUUAACAUUUUUUGGAUGUUCUUUUGAAUUCAGAACUUGUGUAGGUAGCAUUGUCAUAGCAAGAGGAGAGGAAGCAGACCCAGAAGUGCAUCCUCAUUUCUUAAGGUAAAUUCUCACUGAAUACUUGAUUAAUUAUGUUUAAAAUACUUCCAAAGUGGUAUUGGAGGGCUGGUGUUGUCAAGCAACAAAACAUAGCAACAGCUGUCUUGGCAACCAGGUGGUCACCCUGGCAAUCAAGCUACAGCCCACCUUUACAGACCUAUCAACACAACACAAAAAAUACCAGUGUGUUAAAUGGUUACUUACUCAAAAGUUGGCAGUUGGGAGGGGUGGGGGGGGGGGAGAGGAAGGGGAGAAGUGCAAACCUUCCAUGUCCCCCUGCUACAUUUCAUCGGUUAAACCACUGCCUUGACAACCUGAGGUAGAAAGGUGGUUAAUUUUCACUUUUAUUAUUUGAUUAGUUAAAAGUUAAUAUUUAGUCAGAAUCUUUUUAUAAGUUAACAUGCUGUUUGUGCAAAUUAUGCCCCUAACUUGCUUACUCUGAUGACAGAAUGAUUCAAUAAUGUGAUUAUCUUUAGUUAUCUUCUGAUUGACUUUUCAGUAAACUUGCAUCUUUGGUUCUAUCAGCAAUGAGAACCUUUCCAGAAAAGCAUCUGGUAAGAAUUUGCAUUAUAUAUUUAUGAUAAAUGAAUCAAGGCAAACAGUAAUCUACCAUCAAAGACUCUCUAUUGUGUUUUGAUUCUGCUUGAUCUAAUGAUAAAAUGACAGAACAAUAUAAUGAAGCAUUAAAAAAUAAUCAGCGCAGGAUUAAUGUAUUCAUCAACUGAGCACAAGGAACAGACAGGAAAUUCUUACAUAGCCUCAUGUCAAUAAUUUCAAGGUCUGCCUAAACUAACUCAAUCACUCAAUGUUUGUCAUGAGCACUGCCCCUUUUUCUUUCUUUCCAUAGCUUUUGUUGAAGUGUAUGUCAAUUUUGGGGUUAAAACAAGUUGUCACAAAAGCAGUAAGUAGAAAUGAUUCAAAUAUUGUAAAUUAUCUCCAGUGCAUCGAAGGAAUAGUGGCUCUAGAAUAUGCGCUGAAAAUUUAGGGCAGUAACUGUUAAGAGAUGUAUGUCACCAAUUAGAGUUGGAAACAAAUAACUUGAUUUUUACUUUGCAGACAUUCAACUAUUUUGAAGCAUCAUGCUUGGCAAUGGAUACUCUGUGCAAUUUUCAUGGUAACCAGGAUAUUUGCCAGCUGGCUAUAGAGCUAUGUGCAAAUCUGUGUGCUGAGGUAUUGCAGUACAGUACAAACAAAUCCCCAAAAAAUUGCAUUUUUGAACAAAUUCUUUGCUCAAUUUGACACUCAAAUAUUGGAAAAGCAUGAGAAUCAUCCAUUAUUCAAGAUGUUGGCAGGAACUAAUUAAAGGGGAAAUGCUAAUAAAAGUUUGGAUCAAUGGCAGAAUCUGAGAAACUGCACACCUACCCCUCCCCUAACCCAACAUUAACUUUGUAACCUGUCAUCAGUUGACUGUCGUUAGGUUAGGGGAGGGGUAGGUGUGCAGUUGUUCAGAUUCUGGCAUUGACCCCAAACUUUCAUUAGCAUUUCCCCUUUAAUAUGUGCCUGUAAACAUCUUGAAUAAUAAGUGCUUCUCCUGCAUGAAUAUAAACUUCCCCCCCUCCUCUCUCUCUCUCUCUUUCUUUCUUUUAAUCAUUAAGUUACCUUGUUCACUGAAUUAGUUCACUCUUUAAUCCUCAAAAGUGAUUAUCAUUUAACUUCUCCCCAUAAUAUUCAUACAUUAUCCAGCUAACAGGUAACAAGAAUACUCAAACUUAUCCAGUAGAACUUCUUUAUCUUGAUCUUACACUAAAUUCCUGUAUCUAAUUUUCAAGGAAAUGUGUAGCAGCUAGAGGGGAGAAUUGACAAUCAGAUCUUUGAGUCUGCAAAGACAUGCAUGCAUGUCUGGAAAAUUAUUUUAACCACUAAAACUAUUAAAUUUAAGUCUGUGGUUCGCUGCUGUAAUUUGAAGUAAGUAUCUGGAUAAUUUACUAAUUAAAGGCUUUUCUAAUUCCACACCUGUGCAGCUGACCAUGCAACAAACACAUGCUCUUGGCUCAGAGAAAAACGUUAUGGUAAGAGAUGUAACAAAUUAAUUAAUAAAAAUCAACUUUAAAUUCAUUUAAUUAGUAACUUAGCAACUGUUGUGGAUCAAGCAGCACUUUUUGGCACCGUAAACAGUUAUUUGAAUAUCUCAAAUUGUGGUUGAUUAAGUGAGUCUUCCAAUAUAUAAACUUUGCCUUUACUAAUCAAAUCAUUUUAAAAUUACAGGCCAUGUUCAAUUUUAUUCAAGAAAAGAUAAGUGCAAGUCAGGUAUGGAUCAGAUAGAUUUACACUAAUGAGAAACAAUUUCAUACAACAAAAGUCAUUUUUUAUAAUGGAACAAGUAGAGUGAAGAAAGGCUAGGUUGGAUGGGUCAUCACCAUAAUGGUUUAUAUAAAGCUGCAUGAUAUUGUUGGGUUGCCUUUGGGUUCUAAGCUUCCAUUUUGAAGAGCAGAAUUAUUGUUCAGUAUUAGAGAUAGGAUCAUUACAAUAAAGGAAUACAAAGCUAGCACAUUUUCUGCAAAUAGAAAACGUGGGAAAGCCAAGACUAACAUUUUUUUAAGGUUGGUCUGACUUUCAAUUCAAACUAGCUGCUUUCACCAUGAUUAAUUUCUACUUGUGUCCACUUGUAACAUGCCAUACUUUCUCAAUUUCUUUAUCUUAGUUGGCUUCUGAUAAUUUUACCCAAGAUUUUUAUAACCAUGUCCUUUUAACACUUUAACUCCCAUGAGUGACCCAGACAGAAUUUCUCCUUCCUAUCUCUAUACAAUAUCAUGCACACAAUUAAGUGAUGAGUAUUAAGAGAAAUAUCAAUAUUAUGGGAUUACUAAUUGAUCCGAUACCAAAUUCUCCAAACUGACAUAAUGAAAAUUGUUUGGCAGACAUUAAGGAGAAUUACUAAUGAGAUCUUGGGAGUUAAAGGGUUAUGGAACUGUUCUCAACUUUCUCAUCAUAAGUUAUUAUCUAUGAUAUUUUAAAUUGUUUGAUGCAGUCCCUUUUUUUCUAGGAGGAUCUCACAUUGAAUUUAGCACUUGGUGUACUAUUGUACUUAACUGGUACGCAAUGUUUUAAUAAGUUUGCAAAUUUGUACUUUAAAUUUGAAAAGAGAUUUAGGUGGAAAAAAGUUUGCAUUAAAGGUUACUUCCCACCUUCAGAGGCCAAAAAAAUCUAUUUUUCUUUUAUUUGACUGAAUUCAAACAUUCAACCUAACAUUUCCAUAAAAAAAUUCUGAAAUCUUUAAAGGCACCCAAGUUAUUUAGGAAAAUGUAUUUUCAAAACAAGGUAAUAAACCAGGAAGGUGUCAUAAUCUUGUACCUGGGGGAAUUCCCUGGGGGAAUGCUUGUGUUGGGGCUCAUUUUUCAUUUUAUUUCCAUAUUUUGUUUACAUCGUGCUUUUUACAAUCACCACAAAUCAUAAUUUUAAAAGGUGUCUGUUGAUUCAUUGUCUUGCUCCUCAGCUCAUUUUGCAUUUUUUUUCAUUUUUUCCGCGGGUUUGCCUUUGCUUUUGCCAAAUUUGUUCAUUAUUGUGUUGUCCUCCUCAAAGCUCUGCUGAGCUAUGGAGAUAAAAAAGAAAGGUUGCAAACCUUUAUGAGCUAAAAUCUCGCAUUUCAGUUUGGAAGGACUAAAACCACUUUUGAGCAAAUUUAUAGGGUACAUGGAUUUGACCAAUUUCCAUCAAAUUUUGUCAAAACAUUCCAGGAAUAAUGAAAAACAAAAGUGUGUUGGGAAAUUUUGAUAUCUGAAAUAUUUGUCCCAUGGUGGUCAAUUUACAUUAUCAACCCUGAUGGAAUAAUAAAUUGACAGAGUUUGUUUAAAAACUUACCCACUUAACUUGAGCUAAACUCAGUUUCCAGUCCAAGGAGUGAUCAGGAGACUGGUUGUCCAAGUAGAUAGGAUGUAAGCUUGUUGUAAGUUACCCACACACCCAUACCAUUUCAUCAGCUUUUCCUGACAGUUUCCCAAGGCAUUAUCAUACGAGAGUUAAGUUUUUUUCCCAAUAAUACAAUACAAUACAAUGACCCUUACUAGGGUUCAACAAACAAGGAGUAAGACUAUUUACGUGAGCUGUCCAGAUAAAAAUAAGUGGUUCUUUGUCAUUCACAGAUGAGACACCGAGCACUUGUUCUCUGUUUGUUGAGAAAGGAGGUUUACAAUUGAUAGUGCAAGGCCUGAAGGUAUACAAGAACAAUCUUCUCUAGAGACUGUCAAAUAAACUCAAAUAACUGCAAGGAGGUGGUGUGGCUCAGUGGCUAGGGUGCUGGACUUGCAAUCUGGUGGUCUCAGGUUCAAGUUCUCCACCCUGCCUUUCAUUGGAUUUGUUCUUGGUCACCCCAAGAGUGCACUGUGUAAAUAUCCAACUGGUCUGCUUCCUGGCAGUUGGGAUUUUCAAGCACUCAUACAGGCUGUAUGGUUUAUCUUAAUCGGUCAUUAUCAAGCACUAUUGGAUAGGGUAUAGAGUGGUAUGUUGUUGCACCAAUCAGAUGGCUGCAUUAAGGUUUGUAUUGCACCAAUCAGAUUGCUGCAUUAUCUCAUACCAAUCAGAUUGCUACAUUAGGGUGUGUACCUUGCACCAAUUAGAUUGCCACAUAAGGGUAUGUAUCUUGCACCAAUCAAGUAACAGCAUUUGAAUAUCUUGCACCAAUCACAGUGUUUGGGUAUUGUUUUCUAGUAAAUGAUGUCAUGGAUCAGGGGGCUAAAACAGCACAGCAGAGUUAGAGUGUUGUUAAGUAACUAUGUUUUAUGUUUCACAGCUCCCACACACCCUGCAUCAACAAAACUGGGAUCAGACAGGAUUGGACUGGAUCGAAUCACAAACCGGAUCACAGAUCUGGUCACGGAUUGGAUCAUGGACCAAAAAAAAGUUUUGAAAAGUAAAAAAAUUAAAUCAUUUAUAAAAUAAUAAUACUUAAAAAAUGAGAGUAAAAAAACCUAAAACAGGUGUAUUGAAAUUCAAAAUGGUGCUUGACAAGCCAGAAUAAAGUCUGCAUGACAUAAUGGAGCAUAGGCCCCACUGGAAGUUCAUGUCUGUGAUCCGAUCCAAUCCAACCAAGAUUUUGUUGAUGCCACCACACUCCUACCCAGGUGCUAACUAUAGGCAUAGUAUAGUCUUACCUCUUAAUGGUGUAGUUACAGUCAACAAUUGUAUGUUUAAUCUGAUGCAUUAUAAAAUCAACUAUAGGUGUUCAGAGAAGGAAGCCAAGAGAAAAAUUUCAUUAUCAAAAAGCUUCUUAUAACUCUGGUGAGCCAAUAAGAAGAGCCUAUUAUACAUAGGUCUACCACAAGGCUUAACAAUCAUGCUCCAAGUUCAACAUUGAUCCUAAAGUCAUUGUGUAUAUGGUUUCCAGAGAUACGAUUUAAGUCUUCUGUGAUGAACAGUUAGAAAAAGAUAGAAAUGGGAAGCUUAAUAUCAUGUACCAGGAAAGAAAAGGCAAUGACAGAGCAAUUUAUAGCAUUUCAUAUCUUAGUUAAUCUCACUUUAAAGUAGAAAGCUAAGCAAUAAGGAAUUAAAAAACUCACAACUUUCUGCAUGACCACUAAACUUAGGCUGCCAAUUUGACAACCUUUGACCCUUUGCCAAAAAUUUUUGCCUCUUGCCAUUGCUUCCAAAGUGGUUGCAGCUUAGAGUAGUGCUACAAUUUUUCAUAACAAUUAUAAGGCCUCUCUUACAAAUUGAGAAUCACAUUUGCCUUUGAGGUUUUUUCCCCAGAUUGCUGGAAUGUCUCAACAACUACAAAGAGGAAUCAGUCAAUGGCCCAAAGCAAUGAGAUUAAAUUCAUUUUGAUCCCCAUUAUUUUGUGUUUUAGAACAAUAUAGCUGAGACUCCAAGUCUGAGGCAUUUACUCAUCACAGAUGAAUUCAUGAAUCUUUUAGGGUAAUGUUUUUUUUUGGUUGACAAAUGGUGUUUGAAAAUAAGUAACAGGAAUAUUGAGUUUAUUUGCAACAAAUUAAGGUGGCUUUGAAUCUACAUGUCAAGUGAUCUUUCAAAGCUUUGCAACAAGAUCAAAUGCAACAUGUGAGACUGACAGGUACAUGGAGCUAAUUAAAAAUUAAGCUAACAAGUGUUUUUAAGAACAACAGGCUGUUAAAGUUGUGUUGCCAUGAUAACACUUAAUUCUUGUCUUGUGUAGGUCUUUUCUGGACAAUGGGCUUCUCCAGUUGUCCUAUUUUUGUGGUGCAAUUUUGUCCAAUGUUAUGCUGGAGUGGUCUGAUGAUAGAGAGCUUCUGUCACACAGCAAACAGUACAUGCUUCACCGUUUG